AUGGUUUUAUACACCUUGAAAGAUAUACCAAACUACAUCAUUUUGGUUUGGAAAGUAUUUGGUGGUCUGCCACUGAAAAUUACUUCGGGGCCUAAAACUCUCAAAGAACUGACGUUUUCCAUAGCUGGUUUCAUGUGGUGUUUAAUACUAUUCAUACUGCAGGAAGUCCUCUCUUGUAUCAUUCUCUACGUAAUAAUCACAGAGCAAAUAGUCGGUUAUGAUAGAAGUAGAACGCAAAAGUUGGCACUGAUUCUAGACUUGAUGGCUCUGCAAAUUAUGGCAGCUUCUACAUUCUUCAGCGGCACAUGCAAGUACUCGAGGAUAAUUGACGUUUUUGGCACCCUGGAUCGAAUCUAUCGAGACCUUCAGUACAAGAACAGAGAUGUUAAGAUCCAAGUAAAGGUCAUCGCAGUCUUGAUCGUGACAGCUUUGCUGUUUAUGGCAAACUUCGUUAACAUCGUAGUUAAGUAUUCGCUAGACUUCCCGGUGUUGAUUGCGGUCAACUUUCUAUUGCUGGACUGCACACAAUUUGCCUUUCUCUUCCACUUCACUCAUGUAACUGAAAGUAUCAUUACGGGAUUCAAGACUGUUAGUAACAAGAUGAGAGAGGAGAUUAUCUGCAACUUAAUAGAACGAAGGGUGAUGCGGCGCAGCCUGGGUGAUUGUGACAUCUUUCAUACAACACGCAAUACUGUAUCCAAGAUCAAGAAAAUAAAGUCUCUGAUGAACACCUACUGGAUGUUGUGUGACGCCGUACACCAGGUUAAUGACUUCUACUGCGAUCAGCUGAUGGCCGUUAUGUUCUCCUUAUUUGUCCACGUUACUGUCAAGUCCUACUUCUUCUUCAUGCAUGUCAGAUCUGGUAAUGUGUUCGCCUUCACUAUGGAUGCAGUCUGGGUCCUGGUUCUCAUCUGCUAUGCGAUUCUGGUAGCGAACUCAAGCACGGAGAUCACUAACUCGGCCGACAAUACUGCGGUGAUGAUUUGCAAGUUGAUAAACAAAGAUCUGGAUCCGAGUUUUAGGAAACAGCUUGAAGGGUUCCUACUGCAGUUGCCUCACCACAACGCAAGAUUCUCCGCUCGUGGAUUUUUCCAGAUCCAUAAUAAGACCCUCACAUCGAUGGCUGGAGCGGUGACAACUUACCUGGUGAUACUGAUCCAGUUCCAGACUGAGAAGUAA